GACACUGGCUGAUUCUAAAAUCGAAUUUAUGAAUCAGUCUUCUGAAGAUCUUAAGUGAUAUCAGUAAGUUGGAAAAAUGUUGAAUUUUGACGAAGUCAAGUCAGUGUUAAAAGCAGUAAUAAUAGCCAGAAAAGGUGGAGUUCCAUUAGAUGAAAUCGAAGAGGAAUUUCAAAGGCACACUGGAGUGAAUAUACCAUACUUAUCAUUGGGUUUCACAUGUCUUUAUGAUAUGAUGAGGCAAAUAAAAGAAAUUAUCACCAUACGAAAUGAAGAAAACCGAGUGGUAUAUGUCACAUUGCCUGACAAAAGAACAGAUCAUAUUUCAUUUCUAGUGAGUCGUCAAAAGGACACCACAAAGUCAUAUAAGGAAUCUCAUCAAUCAUCAACAAGAAAACAAAGACUCGAGACACAAUUCAAACCUUAUACCAGGAAAGUUUUGAAUCGAAGUACACCUUUUUGUUUUGGUUCAGAUGGUGAACAUUCCGAUGGAGAUCUUAUGGAAUAUAACUCAGUAAUAAUUAGUGAUCCACCAAAAGACAUGAGUAGGAUUCAUGAACCUCUUAUUAAUGGACUGCAAAUGAUUGGAGAUGAUUUCUUUUUACAAAUUGCAAUUAGAAACCUUCACCAGCCUAUAUGGCGUAAGAAACCAUGUUCACCGUUACAUUGUGGGCUAUGUGUUUCUGGAAUGACAAUACGAGGAUGUAUCAAGUCAUUAAAAAGUGUUAAAUCAUUAUCAAAUAAACUUGUCAUUCUUCUUGGAGCGGAAGAUGUGUAUAGAGGUCGUACAGUCGACCAAAUGAAGGAGGAUUUCGAAGAACUACUGGAUGUAUUGCACACUUGCUUCGCUUUUUCCAAGAGUGCGAUCAAACUCUGUACUAUUCCUCCUUUAGCAAAUUUAAAUAUUUAUGAUCACGGAAAUUGUUUGAUCACUUAUCGUGCAUUCAACAAUUAUCUUUAUAAGCUGGCGUACGAUAAUAAAUACAACCUGGCUGAUUUUUACAGAAAAAUGACAAAUGCAAAUUCAGAAACAGAAUACGAAUUUUUCCAACUAGACGCAAGAAUGGUUUCGGGAAGUAGUCACCCAUAUGUGUUAUUCAAUAGAAGAGGAAGGCGAUUGGCUACAAAUAUUCUGACGUCAGAAAAAGAUUAAUAUGUCUUUUCAUUUUGCAAGUUUUUAUAAAAAACUUGUUAAGUCUUAUUAAAUUAAUCUCUAUUUUAUCUAUAAGUUGAUGAAUUAAAAAUUUACAGUUCAUUCUCUUCAAUCUAUAUUGAAUAAAACUGACCAAAUUAUCCGGAAAUUUGGUAAAGUAUUUUAU